AUCUUACAAAACUCGCUUGUCUACCAUACAAACGAUAAUCGAGAAUCAAGAACACACGUCCCUUUAUUAGGUUGCAUUUCUUAACUCUUUUAUUCUUCCAGUUUUAUAUUUCUAGCAAAAUUAUUUUUAUAAUAAAUUAUCAAAAAUGGAAACUAGACCAUUUCAUGGUGACAAUAUAAGUCAGCAAAAUACGAUGCCUAUUUCGUAUGUGCCAAUAGCAUCAGCACCAAGUCAGUACAUUAUUGCAACUAAUGGCCAAGAGUAUUACGUAACUCCUGAGGCUCCUCAUUCGAACUGGAACAUGCAUAUGAGAUAUCAAGGUUACCCUGGGUCUCAACAAUGCUUCGUGAUGGUUCCUGAUAUUCUACAAAGUGGUGCCAUGUUGACAGAUAAUUCGGGCAACGGCCAUCAAAAAGUUGCACAAUGCAACUACGUUCCAGUUUCUCAAUGGACCCAUAUACCAGAUGUAAGACUAAAUCCGAAUUCUCAGGAAUUCUACCAAAAAUCCCAACCGGUUCAAUAUCAGAAGAUUGAAAGCUCAAAAUCAGAUCAAUAUCAAGAAAUAAGAUAUGUCAGCAGCGAGGGAGAAUCUAUUUCCGGUUCCAGCAUCCAUACAAGAUCGAAUAGUACAGACAGCAGCGAGAACGGAUUGAGUUCGAAACUUGACAAACUGAAUCUGAGAUACCAGAGUGGCGACAGUGGAAUCGCCGAAACUUCUUCUUCUUCUGCGACAUGGAGUAGCGAUGAUGACGUCGAUAAUAUUACGUCACAAAGAAUUACGUCACAGAGAUUACAAACUUCACCAGAAGAGAUACAGGAAAGAUUGUGGAAUAUUUGGGAUGAUGAACGAUACUGGAGAAACGUUAGACGACCACCCCCAGACAAUGUUCUGUGCUGUGUCAUUGCCAAACAAAUAGAAUUCUACAUGUCUGACUCGUACCUGGCCAAAGACAAAUACCUACUCAGACAAAUACGAUGCAAGAAAGAUGGCUACGUUAGUAUCAAACUGAUGACAUCAUUCAAGAAAAUGAAAAAGUUGGCGCAAGAUUGGCCAGUGCUCCGUAGUGCCAUCGUUCGAAUCUCUCGUACUCUUGUGGUGAGUGGUGAAGGAAUGAGAAUCAGACGCAAAGUACAACUUUCUGAGGAACUAAGGAAACCACGAAUGUUAACUUCUAUUUUGGCCAUUCGCCUACCUGACACAUAUAACGCUGUGGAUAAAAUUACGUCUCUUUUUCGAGUAUUUGGAGAAAUUGGCUUAGUUCGAUUGCUGCGCCCAGAUAAAGCUGUUCCUGUAGAUUUGCGAAACUAUGCAACUCAAGUUCCUGAUAUAGGUGUUUCGCUUUGUGCCGUGGUUGACUUCGAGUCGCCAAUUGAUGCACUUGGUGCCGUAAGAGUUUUGAAGACUAGAAGCCGUGAGUUAGCAGGGGAGGAAAAUGAUCAGAAUGAAAUCGAAAAUCAGGGAAAUAUUUACAAAGAAAGUGAGUUGUCAGAAGAAGACGGCGAACGUUUGAGAAAAAUUGUAGAAGAAAUGCCAGACCUGGCCAACAUGCGCCUUGCACUACUCGGACCACGCGUGCGGAGAACUUUAUACCGCCAAGACCGAAACAACAAUCCAGCCAAUAUAGAAACUAGGAUGAAAUUUCCGUCACACAAUAACGAUAUCUUCACGAGGCGAACAGCAGAAAACAUGUCAUCUUUUACAAAUGGAUACGAAAGAAACUCAAACACACUAUCUUGGCGAAAUUCCCGUCCAGCAUCAGCAAGCCCCACCAAACAUAAUAAUGUUCUACGACAGCCGAAAGGUGCUCAGGAUGAUGGCGGUUUCAUAUAUCGCAGGAAUAUUAGUAAAUAAAAUUGUAUAUAUAUAUAUAUUUUUCAAUAUUUUGUAGCCAUUGUACCAUUUUCCAGCUUUUAUACCAUCUUUAUAUGUAUUUGUUAUAUCCAAUUACAAUAUUAUUUAUAGCAUGCAAAGUUUUAAUGUCAAAUCUCUAGAUAAAACCAUUGAACAAUUCUAUAAAAGGCUCUAUAUAGAUAGGAUUCUUAUAUAUAAAGUAAAGGAGAUUAAUUUAAAUUUGCUCAAUUCUCAAUUCUCUUGGUCAUAUAUGAAAAUGAAAUGUACAUUUUCUGUGAUGCUUUUUUCAUCCUAUUUUUGCUAAUGACCUAUUUUCUUUCGUGCCUUACAAUACAUUUUUACUUUGAAUAUGAAAA